AUGGAAGGCGAAGGGGGGAAAGGGGAGAAGGGAGGAGGCGCCGGAGCCGCCCGCUCCACUCUGCUGCACAACGCCGUGAUCGUGACGGUCGACUCAGAGUCCCGUGUCUUCCGGGAUGGCGGCCUCUUCGUGAGGGGCGACAGGAUCGACGCUAUUGGCAGGUCCGCCGAUGUCCUCCGAGACUUCUCAUGUCGGGCGGACGAGAUCAUCGACCUCCACGGCCGCUUCUUGAUCCCAGGUUGACGGAAUAGUUUUACCUGCCACCAUCUGUUGUCCAUUGCUGUUGCCCACCUUCUGCUUGUGGUCAUUCUUCACAUCCUCCACAGGAUUCGUCAACACGCACGUCCACACCUCGCAGCAGUUGGGGAGAGGGAUCGCGGACGAUGUUGGGCUGAUGACGUGGCUACAUGAACGCAUCUGGCCGUACGAAUCAAACAUGACAGAAGAAGAUUCAUACCUGUCGACUCUCCUAUGUGGGAUUGAGCUCAUACGUUCCGGGGUCAGUUUUACCCCACGAGGGGCAAAUUUUCAGGGAAACGACCUUCAAUUUUCAUCUUCGAGAUUAAUCACUGGAAUCCCACUGUCACUUACAAGCACAUGAUCACGACCACCAUUUAUCUACCUGCUUCUUUGUUAAUCACCCUUUUAAUACGGCUGAGUUUCUAUCUAAAGGAGAUCAUUCUCUUCGUAGGAUUCAUCUACCACUGUUAAACAUGAUUUUGUUAUGCAUUAUCCCAUACUUCAUCAGUUUAUUUAACAUGCAAUGGGUAUAUUCUCGUAACAGCUACCCUAGUAUAAAAUCUUGAUGUUAUUAUUGUAUAUUUAUUGAUUGCAAUCAAAUGAUACACGAAUCAAGAGUAACGGAAGUUGUUGUCACAAACCAAAAACCUCAAUCACAAAUAUUUGGGUGCAAUUAUACUUAGAUAGUGGUACUCUUACCAUGUCUCAUAUCUACAAUAUAUUUGAAAUUUUCAUUUCUCAUGUUCAUAUGCAAGGAAAAGCUAAUUCGAUAUAGGAUCAUAACUCUGCCUUUUGCUAAUGUAGAUUUUUCUCCAAGAGUAUGUUAAAAUCAUCAUCCUGACAAAUGUUAAAACUUUACCGUAGUUCUAUAAUUACUGUGAAACAGUGAGUAGAUGAACUGGAGAGGUAAACGUCUGAUGAGAAAGAGAGAGAUGGAGAGAAAAGGGGAGAAUAGAAUAGAAGAGAGAGAGAGAGGUGUAGACUAGGGGAAACAUUUAGAUAAAGAAAAAUAAGCAGGAAAACAUUUAGAUAACGAAAAGUAAGCAGGAAAACAAAGAGUUUGUGAGACAAGCAUUGACGUCAAUUGAGAUUUGAAGUGACAGACGGAUUAAAAGACAAACCCAGGGAGGAUGUAUGGGGUAGAUAUAAAGCGGCUUCAUCAUUGUUCGGGGAGAGGAAGGAGGAAGAUGAAUAAAAAAUGAUUUCACUAGUAUGUGAAAAAGGAAGUUGAAGGGAACGAUAUGUCAACACCAGUAGAAUGAGGAUACAUGUGAAGUAAGUUAUCACGGACCCAGAAAGCUUGCAACUUCUGUCAAGUACCACAUGAUCCACUUCAUAAUGACUGCAGCUCUAUUCUGCAACUCCCACAUGCCACGGCUUUGAUAGGUGAUGUGCCUACAUGCCACGCCUUUGACAGGUGAUGUGCCUACAUGCCACGCCUUUGACAGGUGAUGUGCCUACAUGCCACGCCUUUGACAGGUGAUGUGCCUACAUGCCACGCCUUUGACAGGUGAUGUGCCUACAUGCCAUGCUUUUGAUAGGUGAUGUGCCUACAUACCACGCCUUUGAUUGGUGAUGUGCCUACAUACCACGCCUUUAGAUGAGAUUGCACAGGUUUCCUCCAGCAUCUGAGUUGAUGUUCUAGUUACUCUUGACAUAUCUCUUGCGACAGUUCAUUCAUUUCGUGUAUAUAUAUCAUGGAGCUAGGUGUCCCUCUGGCUUAGAGGAAUUCCAGCAGCAAGUUGGACAAGAAAAUGACUUUUUAUUUCAUUUGGUUAAUAUUUAUGCUCUCUUCAUGAAUCAGGUCACGUGCUUUGCUGAAGCAGGUGGGCAACAUGUCACCGGAAUGGCAAAAGCUGUGGAGCUAUUGGGGAUACGGGCUUGUUUGGCACAAUCCACCAUGGAUUCAGGAGAAGGUCUACCAGCUAGGUGGAAGCCGUAUUCAACUGAUGAUUGUAUACAGGUUCUUGGUUUAAUCUCUUUGAUUCUUUAAUGCGCAUUUUGUUUCUCAAUAUUCUAUUUUGUGUGUAUGUGUAUUUAUUCCUGGCACUUUCUAUUUGACGAUCAUUGCUGACCUCAAGUUUCUACAAAACGCUAUCACCUGACUGAAGAAAGACACGCCUUAGUGACUGUAUAAGUAGAUCAUAACUGAGGACAUCUAGCGUAAAUAUUUUAGAGUUGAGUCCAGGGUACCAGAAGCUUGAUUUCAUCAUCAUCAGCACCAUUAAGUGGAGACAUGUCCCACAUAUUUUAUAUUAGCUAGAUGAAAUGAAUGUUAUAAGAAUUCUGCCACACGCUGAUUUCCCACAUAUUUUAUAUUAACAAAAUUCUGCCACACGCUGAUUUCCUGAGAUUGGCCCGCUAUUGGGUGGCCCCAGGUAUUUGAACUAGCUUUGAAUCAAGUAUUGGAUGGCUCAAGGUGGCCUCAAAGCACCUUUGUACUGUUGUUUAGUCUUCCAAUCAGAAGAAAUGGUAGGGGAAUGAAAAAGGUAAUACAUUCAUCUAGUUCGUCUACCCGCAUGAUAAACUCUUCUAAAAGAUCCUGUAGAAGUUGACAUUGGGAUUGAAUCUUUUUUGUCUUCAAGUCCUAUUCUUUCUCAUUAUCUUCCAAUAAAAAUUUUCAUCUACAUGUUUCUUUAAAUGCCAGCCUGGUGUGUUGGGUAUGGGGGUACUUGCGAUAAAGUUAUCCGUGUCAUCUAACACAGUAUUUGCCAUGAUUAAAAAAUCUGUGGAUAUUUAAUAGGAACUUGAAUCAUUUUGUGUGGCAUCUGAAAAUCCGGCUAUUUGCGUUUUGGAAGAGGAAGAAAUUUUAACAUGUUGAGCCUAAUUUUCUUGAAUCGAAAGAUAAAAAAUUUCUUUGGACAUUGAUUGAGAUAUUGGGACAAUGAUUUAGUUUCAAAAUCGAUUUAAAGUAUUUUUGUAUCAUUUAUACACUGUAAUUUUAAGUAUAUUUUUAUAAUUUACUUUUUCAUCUUUCAAAAGCAUGUACUUCUUCCUUUUCUGACAUGAAGAGAUGUUCUGCUGAAUGGUACAGUCUCAAAUGAAUCUCUACGAGAAACAUCACAACACUGCUGAUGGACGUAUUCGAGUCUGGUUUGGGGUGAGGCAAAUUAUGAAUGCAACCGAACGUUUGCUGCUUGAAACAAGAGAUAUUGCUAUGGAACUCAAAACGGGGAUCCACAUGGUAACUAACCAGGUUUCCAGAUACAUCGUUGUUUUACAAAUGUAAUAAUUCUCCAAAGAUUCAUAGAGACACUUUUUUUCUUGUUUGUUGUCAAGUGGAGCUUGAAAUGUCUAUACUCCUAAAAGUUGACCUAAUUGACGUAUCUAUCGAAAUUGUUUUGUGAAGUCUACCUUAGGCCAUUCCGUAUUUCAGGAAUGAUCUUGUCUAUUUUUUGCGCCCUCAUGGAUUUCUGAAAAUAUUUGGAAUGGCUUGUUUUUUCAAAGGGGACUCCUCCUUAAUGAAAAACCGGCUUCUUUUUGGUUCUUCUGAUCAUCAAUUUUCCCUGUGUUAUACGAAUGUUACCUUCAAAGGUUUAAUGUAACAGAAAAUAUGUUGCCUUCGUCAUAUUUUUCACCUCCCCAUGGGGACUGUAGAAUUUUGUUUUCCUUUAAGUGUGGUAUUGUUCCUGAUAUGACUCCAAUUGACUAUUGAAGUGUCAGAAGGGAAUGUGGAACAAAAUGGAAAGGAAACUAAGAAGAAGAAGAAGAAGAUAAAAAGGGAAUCCCCAAAGAGCCCUAGACCGUUCUUGAAGGCUUUCGAGAGGCCCCCAUCUCUCCCAAGUCUCUCUGCUGUCCCCCCUCCUUUUGACCUCUUCUGGUCGAGCCCUAAUACCUAAUUAACUGGUCCUGCAAUCUUUUACACCCCGUUAACUGGUCCUUUUGACCUCUGCAUGCCCCCUUGGACCAGAUCGUUUGUUAUUUUCUCUAAAAUAAGAUACAACCUGAGUUGUAUUGAUACAUUGUAAAGUAUCCUUUGAAUUUUUAGUAUCAGUAUGUGGGAGAUGAUGAAGAAUAUGGUUUAUACCAUUGGUCACUUCACUAUUCUUCCCAACAAAGAGAGCUUUCAUCUGUCGUAAAUUUUUGUGUACUUUUGGAUUCAGUUAGAAACAAGUUUGAUCUAGUCUUAAAAGUUGGUGAUGGUGGAGUGUAUCAGACCGGAUUGUAUGACUCCCUCACAACUUAGAACAAUGUAGAUAUUAUUGAGAAAUUUGGCCACUCGUUAUCUUUAUCUUCUUUCUUUAAAAUUAUAUGUUGGAUUCAUGUCAAUAGAAAGUUGAACACAUGUUAAGCAAAUGAUAGAUCACAUUUUUACUUUGUUUAGUUUUGUUUAGCAUGUUGCAGAGAUACCUUAUGAGAACCAGCAUGUGAUGAGGACAACAGAUGUUGACCAUGGUACAGUAACAUACUUGGAGAAGAUAGGAUUUCUGCAAAGCAACUUGUUGGCAGCUCAUUCAGUAUGGGUUUCUGAUACCGAGGUCAGAUUAUAGUAUGGGAACUUUACCCAAUAAUGAGUUAAAUACAAUAGAUUCUUAUUUGAUGUGCGGGUAUUCUGCAAAAAUUGAGCAUCAUCUCUUGUUGCUCAUCAUCUGUUUGUUGUUUAUUUUGUUUCCAUUGAGGCAGACAUUAAAAUGAUAACGCAUUGAUAUCAUAUCAACUAUAUCCUUCAGGAUUGCACUGUAAGAGGAAUGUAUCCAUAAUGAUAAAAUCAUAACGUCCUUGGGUUGAUGACAGUAUUUAACUCCGGUGUGCUUGUGGACAACUUGGGCUAGAGCUACCUAAUGACGAUUAGAACCUUACAGCAUCCAGCACGGCAUUACCCACCCGAAAUUUUAGGAACGUCACCAAACUCUUUGUCAAUGUGGUGUGGAUCGUGUUAUAUGCUCAGCCGUCUUGUGAUCAAAGAAUGUUGUGUUGCUCAUUAUGAAGUUCGUGGUUCACUUUCCCGCACUGUCGCGUAUCUCAUUGACCAGCCUCUUUGGUGAGCAAUUAUAUUAUUGAAAAUUUGUGUCUUCAUAUCUCAAAAAGUCUGAACAACCACGCAAUUUCAAGAUGUCUCAGAAUUGUACGUAGAAGUAAACAUGACUAUCCGCUAUUUCCCCUCAUUUUUUCAAUUUUCCCAUUCUUUCUGCCUUUUCACCUUCUGUUCCCCAUGAUUGUGUCAGCACUCUAGGAUGCUUCCUGCUGGUAGUCGCAUAACCCAGUUUGACCAUAGUCAUGAACUGUCCACAACUUUCUCACGAUGAUAACCUUUGAGGUGUCACCAUGGUACUCCAUUUCAUUCAAUCUUCUGUAAUGUUACUUAAAUACAGGAGGCUAACACCAGACAGGGUGGGUGACCAGGAAACUAUGAUAGACUUUUGGUUCAUUCUUUGCUGCCUCAAACCCCUGACUUGUUUUAGGUCUAUAUUCUCUGUUGUUCAUGGUGGCAGAUUGGUUUUCUCUCAAAUGCUGGUGUCAAGGUUUCGCACUGCCCUGCUGCUGCAAUGCGUAUGCUUGGAUUUGCUCCAAUACAAGAGAUGGUUGACGCUGGAAUUUGUGUAUCUAUUGGUACAGAUGGCGCCCCAUCAAACAACAGGAUGAGCAUCGGUUUGUCUCUUGCCGGUUAUUCAUGUGUUUGGAUUCUCUGUUCAUUCGAAUUUUCUUAUGUUUUUUUUUUUUUUUCAUUGCAUCGUUGCAUACCCUCAGACAACCAGAUUUUCAACAUGAGACCCUCUGUCUAUUGGAUUGUUAAAUUCGUAGACAUGUCUAGACAUUGGUUUUUGACUGUUAAUUAUGGAGGGAAAGAGACGAACUUGGUGGUUGCCAAGGCUAGCUAUUUGUAAAAUCCAUGUUUCAACAUUCUUCCCAGUGACAUUGGGAGACGGGAGAAAAGCCAGACGCUAGGAGGUUGCUGUGUUAGCUUAUGUCCUUAUUUUUCCUCUUUCUCACUAAGGAUAAAUCAUUUCUGUGCAAUAAUUUUGUUCGCUCAUCUGCUAUUAAAGUCCCAAUAAUGUUGAUUGUAUUUGAGUAAUUGUUUCAAAAGAGUUUUCUCCUCUUUUUCACCUUUAGUGAUAAGAACUAAGACGAAUUAUGUUUUCAUCAUAUCCCCUCUCAUAUGAUCCGUGAACAUUAUUUUCUGAAUCAUGCUCGCUCAGACCAAUCAUAUGAUCUAACUUGAUUAUCAUCGUUGCCAAGCUUGCUCACAUGGACUCAGCAAAUUCUAAAAAUAGGGGCUUUUAAAAAAUAAAAAUUAUUUACAAUGUCGUAUGAGUUUGAGGUGUUAUAGCCUAUGUUGCAAUAAUCUCAGACUCUAUUUUCACUUUUCCAGUCUUGAUACGAUAUGAAUUGGAUAAACUGUGCCUGACCGUCACUUUUUGACACUAUGAUCGCAUCUUAUCUUAAAGGUAUUCUCGUCAAGUUAUUCUGCACUAGGCAUGCCCAAAAAGGGCUGUUUGGGAUCACAUUGGUCUGACUUUCAUGAAGCUAUUUGAGGGAAUUUUUCGGGACAUUACUCUUUGGUCUAACUUUCAGUAUCUCAAAUUUUUCAAUGAAUAAAACACACGUGAAGUCUUUCACUUCUGGGAAACUAAAAUAAUUAUUUAACCGGUUAUGAUGACUAGCUCCCUGUGGUUUAUGAAUGGAUCAAGAAAAUGACCAGUUUUAGUUUCAAAGUACUCUUGGAAUUGAAGAUUCCAAGAGUACUCUGUUCAAUAAUUAAAUGUUACUUCAAGCAAUGACUUGAAUGUGAAUAUUUUUAAAAUACGGAGGCCUUGGGAUUUAUUGGUAGACUGGUAUCAAUGCUCAUCCAUUGUUCCCAUUUAAUUGUUUGUAUUUCCGAAAUUUCUUAAAUUUCAUAAGCAUGGAAUAAAUCAGAGGGAUGGAAUUUUUUCGUAGGUAGAUAUUUGCAACUCAAGUUGUGCUUGUCUGAGCAGUGUAUUUGAUAGUGUUGGUGGGUUUAAUCUUAUCGUCUGGGCGAUGGUAUUUUAUACGCUUUAUUAUUAAUUUUGAUGGAAGUAAAAACUUGUACCUAUCUUUCUUUUGCAUUAAUGUCUAAUAGCAUCAACUUUACGGAAAUGGGAUUUAUGUCUUCAUCGCAUAUUCUUUUUUUAGCAUUAUGACAGAGAUUUUAUUUUCACAGUGGACGAGAUGUAUUUAGCUUCACUAAUUAAUAAGGGGAGAGGUGCAUACAUCAAGGGAUUGACUGAUCCUACUGCCUUACCUUCAGAAACUAUUCUGAAAAUGGCAACAAUAAAUGGAGCCAAGUCAGUGUUAUGGGAUAGUGAAAUAGGUUCUCUUGAGAUUGGGAAAAAGGUGUGUUUUUCAGUUUGGUUAUGUUUUAUUUAAUCUCAGAAUUUUCAGUAAUUCCAUGCUUGUUCAUGUCGAUUUUUACUAGGCCGUUCUGUUUUUCUAAUAUAUAUCUGAAAUAAAUUGCUGAAAACGAUAGUGUCUCCUGGUGUUCCCGAAUUGAGUCAGGCCUUUGUUAGUCAAAUUGGGCAGUGCUUGAUUCACGUUUUUAUAAAUGUAAUUUUUUCGUAUGGGUUUUCCACAGUCAACAUUCUGACAUGUCCAGGAUCCAUUUUUGCUUCCGUGAUUGUCUCCAAUCUUAUAUCAAAAUCAAAUCAUUUUGAUGGAGAGAAUGUAAUUCAGUGUUUGGCAACAAUAAAUGAACUUCCGUGAUUUUAUUUUGUGAUUUGAGUUUCAGGUUCUCUUCUGAUAAGAAUAUAUUUCGAUUGCAAUGUUUAUAGAUAUCCUAUGUGUUUUUAUGCUUGAAGAUUGUAUUUAGAGCCAAAAAGAUAAAAGUAUAGGCAUUUCAACUGUGAUUUUUAGGAUGCUGUGUUGUCCUUCCGAGUGUCCUCCUCUGUGUUUACCAGCUAAUAUGGUGUAACACUAUGUCUGUUCAUUUAUUUUUUUUCACUGAUCAGCGCAAGUUAUAUUUCUGAUGUCGUUUUCUAUAUUUUUUCAUUUUUUUUCAGGCUGAUAUGGUUAUCGUUAAUCCCUUUAUGUGGACCAUGGUUCCCUUACAUGACUGGUUUGUAUAGCUUGUAAACUCAUCCAUUCAGAGUUAUUUUAACGACGCAGAUUCUAUGUUGUGUUGCUCUGGUUUUGAUUAACAUUAAUUCAUAUGUUUCAUUCAAAUUCUGUGCAAAUAUUUACUUUGUCCUUCUGGAGUAAAAUCAGUUUAUGUGAUUUUAACUAUCAGCCAUGGAUAUGGUGCAUACCUGUUGAUCAUAGGAACGCAUGUCAUUCGAAUGUUUGGAUAGCAUAAAUCCUAUAAUUACGAUCUAAAUCAAAGUUGGCAGACUUGGUAUUUUGUUAAUGUGGAAAUUAGACAGAUUUACUGGCAGGCAUGGAUGAAACUCGCAUAGAGUGGCUUGGCGUGUACAUACUCGAUGAAGAACCACCUUCUCAUCACCCCAAGUUGCAAACUAAGCUAAUGCUUACUUCGGAAGAGGGUAACAUUGGCAUCAUCCCACAGUGAUGGAAAUGCAUCAAUAAUGAAUGUGUAUCGCAAUGCUUGAUCAUAUUGGUCGUAAUUGCAUCAGAAAAUUAGAAUUUCCAUCCUAAAGUCUCAAUGAAAUGAGUAGUAAUUAGAUAAUCUUUGCUAAUAUGUUUCUGUUGGAACCGGACAGUGGGAAAGACUGCAGGCAUUGUAAAUUAUCCCGAACGGGAAAACAUUUUUUGAGAGCUCAUUGGCCAAUUAUUCAUGCAUUCCUCUCUUUCAGGCUAGGAUCGAAUGAAUAUACUCGAAAGCCAAGUUGCAUGCUCGCCAGUAACUUAAUGAAGUAUUUUCUUGGUUUUCUGUGUGCUUGGGUUUGUCACUUAUGGAAUAUUUUUGUCCUUCAAAUCGGCAAUUUCCAGGAUUUCCAGCCUUGUCUAUUGUAUGCGCACCGAGAACAUAGAUUCUGUGAUGUGCAAUGGCCGGUGGGUUAUGAGGAACAGAGUGAUUCUGAACCUGGAUGAGGUAUGCCUGGAUGAAAUCUCUCUGAUCAAUAUCUUUGAAAUAAAAAAAAUCUGUGAUUAUCAAUCAAAUGUCGUCAGAACAUCCUCAUCUCUUCUUCAGACCAUCCAUCUGCUGGCGAUGUGCUCCCAUCUUCUUUCUGCAAAAAAUUGUAAAUUCUGAAGCUGUUUACCGGGGGGGGGAGGGGGAUGAGAGAGGAACACUGGAUUCUCUCUAUUUUUGUUCGCCUGGAAGACCAAGAAAUUAGUUGAUAAUUAGUUCUUGCCAUGGCGCUCCUAGAACUCAUCAAUCUGUUCACAAGUCUUCCCUUAGAGCAAGUAAUAUGUGGAUCAUGAAGCCCAUUUCCCAGAGGGUGGGAUGAGAGAGAAAUACCCGGUUAAGCUCCAUUUUUGCUCGCCUAGAAGAAGAAUGAGGAGCUAAUUAAUAAUUCAUUCUCUGGCAUGCAGAACUUAUCAUCUAUCUGUUCACAGAUCUCAGCCUUUCCACGGCUUGAUUUGUUGUUGAUGCCACAGGGAGAAGUCAUCUCACAGGCGACCCAGGCCGCCAGCAAGCUUCUAGAAAGGGCGGGCAUCGUAAUACCCACCCGAAUGAAUCCCUUGUAA